AUGAUGAAUAAGUUCAUUUAUGAUAAAUUUGCCGCCUCUACGUUCCGAUUCAUGGAUGCAAAAAUGGAUGCUACUGACCAGGAAGGCGACGACAACUUCUGCAAACGACUUAACUAUGUCUAUGAGAGGUUCAAAAAAACAUUGCCCAAAGACGCUGCCUGGUGGAAGUCGACCCUCGUGAGCGUAUGUAUGAUGAGAGGCUCAGAAUGGGUGUCCAAUCCUCCUCCCACACCACUCCUUCAUGCGACACUGGAACGCCGGAAGGCCCUCCUCAAGGCGUAUGGAGACGAACUGCUAGCGAGCCAGCCAUUCCAGCUCUUAUUCCGAGGCUCACUGAGCGAGAAAGAUCAGGCCAUACGCGAAGAAAGAACUCGCGAAGUCCUAGAGGAAGCUGCCCAUCAGUUCACCAGUCUCCAAGGCGAUAUGUUUGGCAAUCUUGUAGUUGAACUACUGCCUGACCUUCCGACCUUUGAUCGCCAUGCCAAUAACAUGGAUCAUCAUAUCCUUCACGUCGGCUUCAUGCCUCACCACGGUGCUCGGGUUCUCAUCGUGACGCGCCCGCACUACAGCUAUCAUGACAUUGUAGCGACCAAUGGUUGGCAAUCUCGGCCUCCUCUCCAGAUCGUUACCGCAAGGGUUCUGACGGCGCCCAAGGGGCCCAAAGCUCGGGCUCGAUGGGCUGCUGCUGGCGAUAAGCCCAUUUAUGUCGCGCAGGGUCACACCAAUACCGCAGGGAAGGAGGGAGUGAACCAAGAGGAAGCUGUUGACGAGGGUAGUGAUGGUGAAUACAAGCCACGGAAGUUGCGGAGGACAUAUUUGCGAGGGGCUGAAGAUGAAUGA